AUGGAGACAGUGUGUGGUGAUUAAGAAUGUGAAGUAUGAAUUUAUGGUUUCGCCCUUGUCUAGUUAGUUUACAUGCAUUACAAAAAUAAAAAGUAUGCGUUCUACAAAAGGACAGUAAUUGUUUUUAAUAUAAUUAUUAAGUACUGUUGGUGAGAACGCUGGUAAUUGCAGGAAGUUUGGCGUCCGAGUUAGGUUAGAAUUUAAGUGUGGUAGGCAUGCUGUUAACAAUGCUUGCCAAGAGAAGUGUAUUAAAACAUUUGUUUAAAUUGAAACAAAGGAAUGUUAUACCAUACACUUCGAAGUAUAAUUAUAAUUUUCCAGUUAUACUGAAUAGGAAGUUAACAACCAAAAACGAGAAAUGUGUCAACGAAUCCGAAACUCAGGGUAUAAGUGAAAGUGAGACAUCCAACAGAGAAACUGACAUAAAGCAACUUCUUGACGAAGCUUCAGUCUGCAGCGAUCCUCUUCCAGACAAUCCAGAAAAUGUUUGGUCAACUUCGCCGUAUCCUGAAGGAGUUUUGUUGAAAAGAGAUCAAUCCAGGCAUUUUAGAAAACCCAAUGUGGACCCUCGGGAAACUUCUGUUAUCCUGUUUCCUGGGCAAGGCACACAGUUUGUUGGUAUGGGGAAAGAUCUGAUGAAAUUUCCAAUAGCUCGUGAUUUAUUUGAUGCAGCCAGUGAUUUACUCGGCUAUAACUUGAGAGAACUGUGUUUCAAUGGUCCAAAAGAAGAACUUGACAAGACAGUUUACUGCCAACCAGCUGUGAUGGUGUGCUCACUUGCUGCUAUUGAAAAGCUUAAAGAAGAACGGCCAAUGGCAAUAGAAUCCUGUGUGGCUACCGCAGGGUUUAGCAUUGGUGAAAUCACUGCAUUAGUUUUUGCUGGAGCAUUAUCAUUUGAAGAAGCCAUAAGAUUGGUCAAAGUCCGUGCUGAAGCAAUGCAGUUAGCGUCGGAGAUUGUGCCAAGUGGUAUGAUGACCGUGUUCUAUGGCCCAGAUGCAAAGCUAAACUAUGCCUGCCUCCAAGCCAGGGAGUGGUGCUUGCAGAGGGGAAUUGAGAAUCCAGAGUGUUGUGUGGCGAACUACCUGUAUCCUGAUUGCAAAGUUGUUGCAGGACAUUUAGAGGCACUGAAAUUUAUCCAAAGCAAUGCAGAGCAAUAUAAAUUGAAGCGGCUAAAGAAGAUUCCUGUAUCUGGAGCAUUUCAUACAUCCCUGAUGCGACCUGCUGUUGAACCCUUUAAGAUGGCCCUUAGGAAAGCGGAGAUUAAUGAUCCCAUCAUUCAAGUGUUUUCAAAUGUGGAUGGGAAAAGCUAUAGGAAUGCAAAUCAUAUUAGAAUACAGCUUCCAAAACAGAUUUAUAGAGCAGUUAAAUGGGAACAGACACUACAUGUUCUGUAUGAGCGUAAGGUUGGUGAAUAUUUCCCAAGAACAUUUGAGUGUGGACCAGGUAAUUCACUGAAGUCACUGCUGAAGAUGGUGAAUGCUAAGGCAUGGAGUUCUUGUUUUAGUAUUGAGGCUUAGAAGUAAAUCCUGUAGUCUGACAAAAAAAAAUGUAUAUUUUAUACAAUAUUGAGUUCAUAUAAUACAAAAUGUACAAUAAAACAUCCACAAAGACAUAAUUAUAUAUUCAUCACACUUCAUGAUCAGCCUUGUAAAACACUUCAUACUUGUCCAUUUUACCUAAUAAAUUACUAGCAACUA